GUGGCGGGAGAGCAACGGAAAGGAAUGCAGUGCGAUUUGCGUAAACCCCCGUGCGAACGGCCGAAGGACACCCGCUGUCCCGCCCCUAAAGACAAAAAGACAAAAGACGAAAAAAAGAAGAAAGAUAAGAAGAAAAGCGUGUCACAAUUUUUGGAAGACGAGAUCCUAGGGCUAAAAACUCGACCCGCCUUUUCGCUCUCGUUGUCCUCGAGCGACAAGGGCGAGCCGUGCAAAGGGCCCUGUAAGAAGUUCAAGUUCCCGGAAUGCAAGCAGAAGGUCAAGGAGAAAGAAAUCGUCGAAGACAAGUGUCCCAAGAAGAAGAAAAAGCGGAAAAUUGUCGACUGCCCGCCAGAGGAUGAGAACAAGAAAUGUGCUCCGCUGAGGGAGUUAGUGGGGUAUAGUUUGACUGGUGGAGGGGGCAAUGACAAAGAGAAGAAGAAAUGUCCCGAAAUCGAUCUGACCGUUUUUAGAGAAGAUAGAGAAGAUCCGUGCACUUUGAAGAGGAAAGGAACCACGAAGGUCUGUCCGGGUGACUUGCUGAAGAAGAAGAGGAGGGGGCCCAAGAAGAAAGCUAGUGGGAUCAUUACGCCCGUCGAGUCUAAAACCAAGAUGCCUCAACAAAGGAAAACCAUAUAGAUGUUGAUCAG